AUGGACUUCACAAUUCCAAGGAACUGCCCUCAAGUACUCGAGGACCAAUUAUUGAAACUCAUCAAUGAAUACCAAGAAGGUUAUCUUACCGAGAAAGGCUACAUAAACAAAAGACUAGAAAUUCUUCAAUCUGUGUCCUCCAGAUCAACGACUUUACCAAAAACACCAUUAUCGAAUAAAGCAACUACCCUAAGCAACUCCACUUCUACCUCCACUCCCGUUCCAUCAGAACCUCACGAAUUCGAACUCAACCUAGGUAAAAAUAAUAGUUUUCCAGAUGACCAUAAUGAAAAAUUUACCCAACCUUUAACGUACGAAGAUGAGCCUUUUUCGUACCUGGAACCUUCCUUGAAUUAUUUCCAGCAAUUUGACGUACCAAGGGAAUUGCAGAAACCUCUUGAUCCAAGAGAUGUUGACGAAAUGCUUGAGCAGAAAUUCAAUAAUCUGCCCAGCAUUCUGAGACACAGAGGCUCAAUCUACAAGAGAGAAGCUGCUAUAGUCAUUGUUGAUGCGAAGGGCAAAGAAAACCAGUCCAUAUCUUGGGAAAGGCUAUAUUUGAGAGCUGAAAAAAUAGCACAGAAAAUAAAGAACAAAGCAGCUCUUUAUCCGGGCGAUCGUGUUUGUCUUAUUUAUCAGAAUAUUGAAGUCAUCGAACUAGUCAUUGCUGUGUAUGCUUGUUUCUUGUCUGGGACGGUGGCUGUUCCAAUGAAUAGUGGUUUAUCAUCUAAGGAGUUGGUUAAAAUUAUGACUGACACCCAGUCUCAUCUUUGUUUAAUGUCCGAUUCGGUCUACAAACAUUUUGAGAGACAGUCAAACGGAUCCAAGCUUUCAAUUUGGCCUAAAGGUAUGGAUAUAUGGAAAACAACUGAUACAGGACUGGCUGCAAAAGAUGAAGACCCACCAGCGAUGAAAAUCAGCGAUCUCGCCUAUAUUCAAUAUACCAAAAGCUCUUUUGGCGAGCUUAGGGGUGUUGUGAUUUCUCAUAGGACUAUAAUGCAUCAAAUGAGCUCGUUGUUGUCAAUUUUUGCGAGCUCACCGACCAUGGAUGCACAGGAAUUUGUGAGAUCAGAUAUCAGGUAUUCAAGCUCCAAAAAUGUGCUCUUGAGCACUUUGGAUGCUCGUGACUCAAUUGGCUUGAUUUUUUCAGUAUUGUUUACUGUGUUUACAGGAAAUACUCUACUUUGGAUGCCGCAGCGAUUGACGGAAGUUGCAGGCCUCCUCGCUCAUGUCAUAUCAAAAUACAGAGUUUCUGUUAUGCUUUCCGAUUACUUGAGCUUGAAGCAAGUUGCCUACAACUAUCAAUCUUUUCCACAAAUGACCAGAACUUUCAAUAAGAAAGUCAAAGUUGAUCUGUCAUGUGUUAAGUGGUGCUUGAUAGACACAGUUAUUGUGGACUGCGAGUUCAAUGAUAUGCUUGUGAAUAGAUGGUUUCGCCCGCUAGGACAUAAAUCACCGCGCCAAAUUAUCGCUCCUAUAUUAGCCCUCAAUGAACAUGGAGGGAUGAUUAUAUCAAUGAGAGAUUGGAUAGGUAAGGAGGAGAAUUUGGGAUGCACAUUCCACAGUCCAAUGGCAGAUGAUUUGCCCAAUGAUGCUUACGAAGAUGACGAUGAAAAUGAUGAAAAUAACAAAUUAUCAGAGCUCUUAAUCGACAAAGCAUCGCUAACCUCAAACACUGUUAAGGUAGUAAGCGAUAGGCCUCCUCCAAUUUCUACUCUCAUGGACAAUGGUGAAUCUUCUAAGUACAUUAGAGUAGGUGCAUUUGGAUACCCACUGCCUGAUGCCACUCUUGCAAUUGUGAAUCCAGAAACUCGAUUUCUCAGUGGUAACAUGGAAGUUGGGGAGAUUUGGGUGGACUCACACUGUAUCUCCGGAGGAUUCUGGAGCCUUGCGGAUGCUACCCAAUCUAUCUUUCAAGCAGAGUGCUCGGAUUAUGAGGGAAUUCUCAACUUAAAGUUUGUUAGAACGGGAUUGCUUGGAUUCACAUACAAUGGCAAAGUUUACGUUCUGGGCCUAUAUGAAGAUAGAAUCAGACAAAAAGUAACAUGGUACGAUCAGUAUUUGCAGCAGAAGAAAAAAGAUGCGACAAAUUCAUUCGAACAACAGAUAAACCAAUAUAGGUAUCACUAUGCAGGUCAUCUGGUAAAGACUCUAGUCAGAAACAUGAACGAAGUGUCGGACUGUUCAUUUUUUAACAUCACCAUAAAUCGUGAACACGUGCCUAUCGUGAUCAUUGAGUCACCAUCAGCUCAAAUAUUACCUGCAGCAGUAGCCGCACACUCUGGAGACCGGAUGAACUAUCCAGUUCUGGAUGAGAUAGCUUCAAAAGCGUUUCAAAUUCUUGAACAGAUGCAAAAUGUCCGACUGCAUUGUAUCCUUUUAUGUGCACCAAAUUCACUUCCAAGGACUCCACGGAGUGGUAGACCAGAGAUUGCCAAUAUGCUUUGCAAGCGGCGGUUUAUGGAGGGAAAAAUACCUUCCGUUUAUGUUAAAUUCAAUCUAUCAAAUUCAUUGAGUGCAAUACCCCACGGAGAAGACAUUAGCGGCGGAAUAUGGUCUCUAUAUUCUUCCAAUUCUCGAGUAGAGGCUCUUAACUACACAGAUCUCCAAUAUUCAGGUCUGGAUCUGAGAGAGAAAUGUGUGGAUGAUCGUACAAAUUUGGAGCUAACAGGGUACAAAUCGAUACUUGAACUUUUUAAAAUAAGAGCUUCCAAACAGGCUGACGAGAUGGCAUAUGGAAUUAUUGACAGACAAAGUGUUAAAGAAAGCAAAUCACUAUCCUGGAAAAAAGUGGAAAUGAAAGUGUUUGCAGUUUGUUCUUAUAUUCUUGAAAAGCAAAAUCUUAAAUCCAGUGACUACGUUAUUUUGAUGUACCCUUUAUCUGAGGAAGUUAUUGUGUGUCUAUAUGCUUGUUGGCUGGGAGGGCUGGUGCCCAUUCUUUUGCCUCCUUUGGAUGUGACUCGACUUGAAGAAGACACGUUGUCACUUGUAAGUAUCAUCAAGGAUUUCAAUGUACAAGCAAUAUUUGUGAACAAUGAUACGGAAACAUUAUUGAAAAAUAAACCGGUGAAUUCCAAGAUGAAAACCCUUUCAAACCAACUGAAGAUCAAUAUUCCCAAGUGUCGAAAUACUUCUAAACAUACAAAAUACCCCAACAACUCAAAGGUGAUGUAUCAAAAGAUGGAGCAGUAUAAAUCCAAGCCACGAAAUAAGAGAGAUGAAUGUCUAGUGUGGAUUUCUUGGACCGAGGAUCAUCAGUAUAAGGGAACGAAAUUACAACACUCGAAUUUGAUGGCUAUGUGUAAGAUUCUCAAAGAAACAUGCCAGAUAAAUAGCACAAAACCUUUAUGCGCUUGUGUGAGACACUGUUCAGGGCUUGGAUUCCUUCAAUCGAUGAUGUUAGGUGUCUACUUGGGAACAACAACGUAUCUGAUAUCGCCUUUGGACUAUUCAUUAAAUCCUUCCAAAUUCUUUUUAAGCUUGGAUCGUUAUAAAGUGGAAAAUGUGUUUGUCACAGAAAAAAUGAUAGCAUAUGCCAUCGAGAAUCCUGCUCCAAAAAAGUGUGAUCUCUCUUCUUUGAAAAACCUAAUGAUUGGCUGGGAUGCCCGUCCAUCUGGAAAACUACUGAAUGCCUUUUUGAACCAUAUGCAACUGACAGAUUUGUCGCCGUUUGCUGUGUCCAAUGUGUAUCAGCACGAUCUUAAUCCUAUGAUAUCAUUGAGAUCAUACCUGUCUUUUGCUCCCCUUGAUUUGUGGGUCGACCCUCUUGCAUUGACUCAAGGAUAUGUGUCAUUGGUCAAUCCUAGUGAUUCGCCGUACGCAAUUCAUUUGCAGGAUUCCGGCAUAGUUCCUGUGAACACACAGUUAGCAGUGGUCAAUCCCGAAACAUCUAAGAUAUGCAAAGUUGGAGAGUUUGGAGAAGUUUGGGUUUGCUCUGAAUCGACAGUUUCAAAUGUAACAGUAACACAAACAGGAAAGUUUGAUGACUCUAGACUGAGAGCCAAAAUUGAAAAUUGGAACAAAGAUUUGGACUAUAUGAGAACAGGAGACUUUGGCUUCUUACACAAUAUUGAGAAGACUCUAGAUAAUGGAAACGUCGUUGAAAUGCAACUACUUUUCUACUUGGGAAAAGCUGAAGAGACUUUUGAGGUUUUGGGAAUGCAGUACUUUGCGAUUGACAUCGAGGAAUCAAUUAAUGCACUCGUUGGUUCUAUACUUAUGACCUCAAAAUCUUGCCCACCAAGAAGUUGUGUGUUCAAAGCUGGUGACUAUGUUGUCGCGGCGAUUGAAACGGGACGCCCUACGAAUUACCUGAGUUCGCUAGUGCCGUUGAUUGUCAGCAAAUUACUUAAUCAAUUCGGGCUUAUAGUCGAUAUCAUUACUUUCUACGAACCUAACCAGAUGUCUAUUUCACGACUUGGUGAGGUGCAGCGUGCUAAGUGCCUGAAGAAGUGGAUGAAAGGAGAAUUAAAGCCACUGCAAACCUUCGGUAUCAGUGAAGGUGAGGAAAAAAUGAAAAAGGUAAUCCAGUUGAUCAAAGAAACAACCGACAAGUCAUUCAGUGAAGCAAGGUUAGACUGUUCAACAUGAAUUAGUACAUGCAGCUAUACUCAGAAGAUGUGAUCUUUCGUCGUCAAUGCCCAGAGGGCCCAAAAUGCUCGUCCAGAAUUCUGUAUUUCAUUUUUGUAUACCAAUUGUUCAAAUCUUUGUAGUCUUGAUGCAAGGCAACGAUAAUCAAUGUCAUAUUAUCGAACCCGAUGCCAGUUAUUGUAUUUGCCAUCCUGAUACAAUUAUCAAGAAUUAUCUCAUUGAUCUCAGGUAGUUUUUUUCCCAGUGAGAGAUGAUGCCUCACCAAACGUACCAAUUCAUGAGACUUGUAGCAAUCCCAUAUUCCAUCGCAAGCAAGAAUAAAGAACUCAUCCAGCUGAGUAAUCUUAUGUAUGAGAAUAUCGGGUUCUGCAGUAACUUGAUAUUCUUCGGGAGGAGUAUAUUUGUGUUUGGCUGUUGUGAACAUCAGUUGUCUGGAGUAAGUGUUUUCUGUAUGCAUCUUGAAGGAGAAAUCUCCAAAGGCUCUACUCAAAGCCAAAAUUGAAUUCACUCUGUUGGUAGAAACGUAACCUCCGUCGCUGUGGAUUCGCAUUAGCUCACCCAGGUUCCUUGGCUUAUGAUCAAAAGACAGCGUUUUUGUGGCUCCCUUUCGACUCAAUAUACACCUUGAGUCACCGGAAUUAGCCACAAAUGCGUAGCCACAAAAGAUUAUCAGCACCACUGCUGUUGUUCCACUGUUGUUGUCGUGAUGGCUAUAAAACAUAGAGUCACAUUUCAUAAAUGAUGAUCGCAGAAGCCGAGGAAAAUCAAUUGCCUUUAACACUUCUUGGCAAUUCAAAAGCUUUGAUCUAGAUACCUGAGGUAAGUUAUUGAUUGUUAGUAUAAGCUCAUCUCGCAAAAGCGAUGGCAGUUUUUGGCUAACAUAUCUAGAUGCUCCCGAACCGCCAUGUCCGUCAAAGACACCAUAAAUGUUAAUUUGAAGAGACUCCAGAUCACCCUCUGUAUUCUCGUCUUGUUUUCUGAUGUCAAGUCCCUCUUCCGUCACGAAUAUUCUUUCGUUCAAAUCACAGAACGCGUCUUCCAUGGUCAACCUGUAUCCUUGCAUUUCCCCGAUUGAAUGCGAUAUGUGAUCAUGUUGGACA